AUGCAGCAACAGUCGAAUAAUCGAUGGUCAGGUGACAGUGGUAGCGGAAAUACUGAGCCUUUACGGACCAAGGAAGAUCGAUUACGGAACCACCAGCGAUACUUGGACAGGAGGACGCAGCCGCAGGCACCAAGGAUGGCUACAGCGAAACCAGACGACAUGUGCUUCUAUUGCCAUGGCUUUGGUCAUCAUACGCAUGCCUGCGAGUUGAAGAAGGCUGAUUUGGAAGAGAGCAGCCCUGUGGUUGGGCCCAACGCUGACGUCCACAACAACAACUCUGAUAACGGUGCGGGAAACGAAUCCAGGAUGUAG